UGAACAAUGCUGGGGUUUUUCUUCCCAAUAGAACGGGAAAGGAGAAUUCCUUCCGCCUGUCUCUGUUGAGCUGGAGUGUAUGAAGCACUGCAUUGUGUAUGAUGGGAAUACAGUCUCUUUAGAGGAGAAUGGUCCUGCUUUCCAGUGUGCUCAGGUCCUGCAGGAGGCCAGCAGACACCCGAUUCGUAUUUUAAAUGGUGGCUACGAGGCCUUCUCAGCCUAUUAUCCAUUCUUCAGGACACGGAAGAUACUGUAUAUGCCUCAGGAGUUGGAAGCUCUGCACCCUUACCCAGUGGAGAUCCUGCCUGGUCAGUUGUACCUGGGGACCUGCAGACAAGCCUGCGAUCGGCAAAUUCAAAAAGACCUGAAAAUCAAAGCACAUGUGAAUGUCUCAGAGGAAGCUGUGGACGUAUUACAAGGUGGUCAAGUUUUACACAUUCCAGUUUCAGACUUGUUCAAUUCAGACAUCUUUCCCUAUUUUAAAGAAGCCUGCAAUUUUCUUGGUUCCCAUCUUAAAAGCAAGUCUGCAGUUCUGGUCUUCUCAAGUCUUGGUAUAAGUCGCUGCAGCACUGUGAUAAUGGCUUUCCUUAUUCUUCAUCAUGCACACACACUGCAGGGCGCUUGGGAGCAUGUUCUGAAAUGUAAAGCUAACAUGAGGCCACAGCGUGGGUUUGUGAGGCAGCUCUCCAAGUGGGAAGAACAAGUGCACGGGAAGACCAUAACAGAUAUUUCAGACCCACACUUCUGAGUGGAGCAGUGGGGAUGAUUUACAUCGAGCAGCCAGGGCAGCACAGUGCAGGCAUUGCACAGGCACACAGGUCAUUGUGUUGUCUAGUUUAGAUUGGUUGUAACUGUGUUCCUGAGAAAAAGUGUAUGAUAUGUAUAGCUUUGAAAUAAUCUGCUCUGUACCAAUGGAGUUGAUAACAUACUGUUGAUCUUGACUUGGAGAUUCUUUUAUGUGUGCUGUUUUAUUUGAGUGAGAGAGAGAGAGAGAGAGAGAGAGAGA